AUGGCAACUCAGACAUCUGUGGAGUGCUCUUGUCAAUGUGCGGCUACAAGGCGACCGUUUAGGGAAAUGGAAGCAAUGGAUAUUCAGGCCGUGGAAUCAAAAUUGAGUGAUGUGACGGUGACCGCAAUACCCAUGAGUGGUAAGAGCAUCCACAAGGAUGUAGCUCAUAGUGGUAACAGCCAUGCCACAAUAUCAACAGUGCCUGCCUCAUCACCCUCCUCCACUGGCAAGGACAAAGACAAUGGCAUGUCCAAAUAUGCUCAGUUGUUAGCUGUCAUUGAAGAAAUGGGUAAGGAAGUACGACCCAGUUACUCGGGCAGCCGUAGUUCAGCAGAACGUCUAAAACGUGGUAUUGUUCAUGCGCGAAUUCUUGUGAGGGAGUGCCUCAUUGAGACUGAGAGGUCUGCUAGACAG